UUAACAGCUAAAUCAAAAAAUUCUCUUAAGAGCAUCAUAUCCGCGAAAUUCAUAUUAAUAAUUGCACAUUUGAUCAGUCAAAAAACGGAGCCAAUAUGCGCCCUCGAAGCACCCACAGUACAUUUGCCCAACCAGGGUGUAAUGGUUGGAUUAUACAUGAAAAUGUUUCGCACGCAAAAUAUAAAAGCUUAUUUGGGAAUACAGUAUGCUAAAGCUCCAAGAUUUGCCCCGCCAGAAAUAAGAGUCAAUAAAUGGAAUAUGAUUUAUAACGCCACAUCAUAUGGACCCAAAUGUUGGCCAAAAAGUAUUGGACAAGUAGAUAAACAAACGAUGCAAAUACAAGAAUUGCUAAUGACUUCUAAUGCAAUGGGCGGUAAUUCUGUUGAGGGUUAUGAUGAGGAGUGUUUAUAUUUAAAUAUUUUUAUACCAGAUGGAUCUCCUGGUCUUACUGGUUAUGCAGUUAUGGUUUGGUUUCAUGGCGGAGACUUUUCCUCCGGCAGUCCUACCGAUAUCGAUCCUUUCCAAAUGGUUUUUAAACAAAAAGUUAUUGUAGUAACCGUAGCAUAUCGGUUAAAUAUAUUAGGAUUUUUAACAACUGGAGAUGCCGAAGCACCAGGCAAUUUUGGAUUAAUGGAUCAAUCUGCUGCUUUACUAUGGAUACGUAAAAAUAUCGCACAUUUUGGUGGGGAUUCAAAACAAGUAACAAUAAUUGGUCAUUCGGCAGGCGCCAUCAGUGCCGGACUUCAUUUGACAUCAGGCGAUUGGUCUCGAAAUGCUUUCCACAAAGUAAUUAUGAUGUCGGGCAAUCCACUUACCGAAGAUACAGUUCGAACAUUUGAUCAUUUUAGUCCCCUAUUGGACUCAGUGGCCCAUGUUUUUGCUUGCAAUCGUAAACCUACCUCAAUGUUGAUACAGUGUUUAAAAAGACUUGAUGCUAAAAUUUUAAUGGAUAAUGUACCUGAAAUCGAAUGGGGUCCAGUGAUUGACAAAGGAUUCAGUAAUACUUCUAAAGGUUUCAUAGAAGAUUUCCCUGCAGUGCUCUUAAAAAGUGGAAAUUAUAAUAAAGUUCCGGUUAUGGCUGGUAUUACGGAUAUGGAAGAUGUUCUUCAAAUCCUAGACGAAGAAAAAGAUGGAACCUUAAUGACGGCUGAGGAUUUUGAAAGUUUUGCCUCAAAAGUAGCAAUGGAGGAUAUACGCAAAACAAAUCAAAGUGAUUUCUGCGAAACUGACUAUCCAAUUGUUUUGGACUCCAUCAAUCUUAUGUAUAAAAACGAAGAAAAUGUUAAUCAGGAAACGGUACUUAACAAUUUUAUAAGCUUCCACACAGACAGAAUGCAUCUAGCUCCACUAUUUCUUUUCGCUAAUCUUCUUAGUGCUGACGAAGAUAUUUAUGUUUAUUAUUUUAAUAUGCGCCCACUUACCGAAUUCUAUAUUCUCCCCACUUGGAUUAGUGUGCCGAAAUAUUUUGAUCAAAUAUUUAUUUGGGGAGUGCCAUAUAUGAAUAAUAACAUGUUUAUAAAUCGUUGGAAUUCGACCGAUAAAAAAAUUUCUGAAAUAGUUAUGACACUAUGGGCAAAUUUUGCAAAAUCAUCUAAUCCUACAUCGUUUAACAUUUAUCUAAAAUGGAAUUCGUAUAACGUUAAUAAUCAAACGUAUUUACAAAUUAAUGAAGAUUUUAACGUUAAAGCUGUAUCUGAAAAUCAUAAAAUUAAUUUUUGGAAUGAAUAUUAUCCAAAGUUAAUUGAUUUCGCAAUUGAAUGUUGUUCUUCCAGAAAUACCGGUACGUCAUUGGUUUAUACUUCCAAAGGUUUCAAAAAAACAAUGAUAUUUACAUUAUGUAUAGUGUUAGGAUUAAUUUUAGAAAAAUAUAUAUAAACAAUUGUUAAUAAAUAUUUACAUAACAACCGUUUACAAUUAUUA